UCGUAAAACCAGGAAAUGCAGCGAGAUCACCUGACGCGUCGUCAUCGCCGUCGCGCUUCUCUCUCCACAGGCGACCAACAACAUGGCUCCCAAAGACCAAAAUGCACUCACGGUGCUCUGCGUUUUCCUCCUGCUUCUCGUCCAGACUGCCGAGGCGUUUGACGGCGGAGACGCGGCGGCUUUGCUGCUGGGCGCGACAGUGACGCUCGUGGGCAUCUGCGCGUGCCUCGGCUGGUACGCGCGCACGAGAAGCGGCCAGUUUUGAUGACAGCCUGCUGACCAAGGCCUCAUCUGGAAAUGUGACUGAGAGCACACAGACCGUCAUGCAUUUAUACUAAAAAUAACUGGGAAAGCGCGCAAGGGAAGGACGUAUGUGGAUAAUGCGAGCUACUGAUUGUGUUCUUUGACUCAUUAUCCUUAUUAUGCGUGACACCGGACACUUACUUCCUGUCUCUGCGCGCCGUGAGGGAAACUUCUACAGCAGUAUCAGCAUUUAAAGGCUCAUCGGGUUAUUGCAUGACGACAAGAUCACAUGCAGACAUUUUCUCACACAUUUCUAUGGACUUGUGGACUUGAUGAUGGUCUCCUGCCAUGUUACAAUCACUGCAAGACAAUCUCCUUUCAGUUUCAACACUGUGGUGAAAGCACUAAAUUGUUAAAAGGCUACCACUUCCUCUGUCUAUAUAAAGCAUUCAGUGUCGAUGCUAAUGUGCUCUGCAGGAGGAGGGUGAUGCUGCUUGCUUUGUGUGAUUAUGUUAAUAAACUUUGUGAACUUCA